CGAGGAACAAGUCCAAAACAUCCGCAUGUCAAUAUCCUCAGAUAUCAUCUCGAUCGUCGCCAAACAAUUACUCUUUCUUCAAUUAAUCCCACUAUUUUGAAUUUUCUCUGUUACCGUUCUAGAUUCGCCUACACUCUUUGCAAGAUCUGCUUAUCGAUUUCACUUACAGAGCGAGGUAGAGAGAUCUAUGGCAAGCGGAGGUGGGUAUGGUGAUGCUAGCCAGAAGAUCGACUACGUCUUCAAAGUGGUGCUAAUCGGAGACUCUGCGGUGGGUAAAUCACAGAUACUUGCUCGAUUCGCUAGAAAUGAGUUCAGUUUAGAUUCCAAAGCUACUAUCGGUGUCGAGUUCCAAACUCGAACCCUCGUUAUUCAGCACAAGUCUGUUAAAGCUCAGAUCUGGGACACCGCCGGUCAAGAACGGUACAGAGCAGUAACAAGUGCAUACUACCGUGGUGCAGUAGGGGCAAUGUUGGUAUACGACAUAACAAAACGCCAAACAUUUGAUCACAUUCCAAGGUGGCUAGAAGAGCUAAGAAACCAUGCAGACAAAAACAUUGUCAUCAUUUUAAUUGGAAACAAAAGUGAUUUAGAAGAUCAAAGAUCAGUCCCAACAGAGGACGCCAAAGAAUUUGCUCAAAAAGAAGGAUUGUUCUUUCUAGAAACAUCUGCUCUUGAAUCAACAAAUGUAGAAGAUGCAUUCUUGACUGUUUUGACUGAAAUUUUCAGAAUUGUGAACAAGAAAAGUUUGGUUGCAGAUGAAGAACAGAAUGGGAAUACUGGAAAUUUGGCUGGAAAGAAGAUUAUUGUUCCGGGUCCUGCUCAAGUGAUUCCAGAAAAGAAGAUGAUGUGUUGUAGUUCAUAAAUUUGUUGCUAUUAUGAAUGAAUGAAUGAAUAUCUAUGGAGAUUAUUUGUUGCUAUGAAAGUAUGAAUAGUAAUUUUUUUGUGGGUGGUGAAUUGUGAUGAUAUUUUUUGUGUCGAUUCUUUUGUUGUUAACUUGUUGAAGGGAGAAGAACAACAUGAAUGAUGAUGCC